UCGGACCGCGUGUUUUACGAAUGGCUGCCCAACGGCUGGGAUAUCGGCGACAGUAAACGGGCCAAUGAAACGAAAGCCAAUUUGAAUACACUGUUGACUAAAUUGGUUCAAAACACCGAAGAGUUCACGAACGACGCCAAAGUGGUCGCUCUGAUUGACGAAUCAGUUCACGGAUUGUUCGGCAAAAUUGUCAAAAAGAUACUCAUUAUUACCGAUAAUAUCAGCGAUAAUAUUACCCGAAAGGAAGUACUGCCCGCCGUAUCGAUCGUACUGUCCGUCUGUUUUAUUGUCUUCAUUGGCUAUAUUAUGGCUUAUUUAGUCCGUAUAGAAGAGGAGACCAUUAAAGAGAAGUACAAACGACUCGGAAAACAGAUGCCGGGAGUGACUAAACCUAAAAAUGAUUGCAAACUAAAUAUACACGAACUCCGGGGCGAGACAUACAAUGGUUUGGUUCGGCUCCUGAAGCCCGGCUGCCGUACGAUCGUGUUAUUAGUGGACACGACAUCCAAACCCAAACUAUUGCAACAAUUCUAUCGCGCGGUCUAUCCUUACAGAAGAAAUAAGACACUGAUGUUUGCGUUCCUACACGUGGAGAAAAACCUCGAUUGGUAUCGAACAAUACUCAUGCAAACGCUGGGAGAGCACAAGCAAUUGCAGAUCAAUCCCAAGAACUGCAUCGGAACCGUUGUCUCGUUGAACGGCUUUCGUAAAUACCUUUGCGUAUAUCACGCCAAACACCCGGAGAGACGAAAGCCAAGGGAAGGCACGUCCGGCGCGUUCAUGGGCUUCGAGGAGGACUCCGACAACUCGGAGACCGAUAUCGAGUGCGGGAACCCAUCACUAGUACACCGACAGACCGGCGAUAUUGACGACGAUAUUGUAUUUGAAGAGCACCUGUUGGACGGACUGUCCAAUUGGUUGGACCGACUGUUUGAGGGCUCGACUCAACGCUAUCACAUCCAGUAUUGGCCCGAACACAUGAAAUAGUGACCACGAGUUUUUGUGGCCAUUUUUUGGCCACAAUAUUCUGGUCGCCAAACGUUUUAGUCAAUUAUAAGGCAAUUGUAUUUCGUAUAUCGAGAAAACAGUAUUUACUUAAUAUUUUCUGUAUAUUUAUUACAGAAACACAACGAUUAGUAGAAAUUAUUUAUUGAUUUUUUGAUUAUUUUACGACAAUUUUAGGCACUAUUUUAAGUUUUAACAUAAUUGUUAUCAAAGUUUUUAGUUAUUAAAUAAAUUAAUGAAUUAAAUUACGAC